UUGUACUUCCUGCGCUCAGUCCCACAGCUGAGGGCAUUGAUGUGAGCGCAGAGGCUUUCCUGCUUUUUUACGCGCACUUCUUUCCCCCCAUCUCUCACCUUCACACACGGAGCACCAAUAUCCACCUUUUCUUCACCUUUUUUUUUUUCUUUUAGUGCGCGUCUGUUAUUUCCUUCAUUAUUUUUCGGCCCCCUCCUCUCUUCUUCUCCCCUUUUUAUGAAUGAUUCUCUCUCGCAGUAUUCCCUCCCAACUCUCCGCGGAUACCUCGCCGUCCUCGUCCGACGCACGACCUCACCUCGGCACCUCUUCUCUCCUCAAGUUCAAACGCCACCAGGACUUUCACGGCAGCUUCAGACGCGCUUGGGGGAAAUACGACGCGGCGAAGAAGAGCCUGAUUCUGUGCGCAGCCGAAGCCACCGUCACCAUGAGCCUGAAAGCGGACGCGGAGCCCAACAACAACGUCUCCAUCGAGGAGGAGGUACGAACUCUGUUUGUCAGCGGCCUCCCGGUCGACAUCAAACCACGAGAACUUUACCUCCUCUUCAGACCUUUUAAGGGUUAUGAAGGGUCACUGAUUAAGUUAACAUCAAAACAGCCUGUCGGGUUUGUAACCUUUGACAGUCGCUCUGGAGCUGAAGCUGCAAAAAAUGCACUGAAUGGUAUCCGUUUUGACCCCGAAAGCCCCCAGACCCUGCGCUUAGAGUUUGCUAAAGCCAACACGAAGAUGGCAAAGAGUAAGCUGAUGGCCACACCGAACCCCACAAAUAUCCACCCUGCUCUAGGAGCUCACUUCAUUGCACGGGACCCAUAUGAUCUGACCGGGGCGGCACUGAUCCCGGCGUCGCCGGACGCCUGGACCCCUUACCCCCUGUACACCACCGAGCUGACUCCAGGCCUCCCGCACGCAGCCUUCACUUACCCGGCGGCCGCUGCCGCCGCCGCAGCCCUCCACGCCCAGGUGAGGGACCAACCGAUGCGCUGGUACCCUACUCCCUCUGAGACUUCCCAGCCUGGAUGGAAGUCCCGGCAGUUUUGUUAGAUAUUUAGCCUCUGGAAACCACACCUUUGUCCAGCUGAAGGGAGGUUUGCCAAGCUCUUCAUUAAUUUAAUCAGGUUUAUUUAAUGGACAAAUGUGCAUUACUAUAAACAAACAGUAUUUAUAUCUCCUCCCGAUUGUCUCUGGGGGGAGUCUGAGUUAUGGAACCAUAUUGCUGUCGACAAUCUGAGCUUAUCCUUGGCAACUUAUUGCGGUACCAUCAUAGCGCUCAAAAAAAAGGAAAAAAAAAAAACAAACGCCCUAUUCAAACUACAUGGAUCUUAUUUGCUGAAGGAUAACUGAGGCAUUGGAGUUACCGUUGUUAAGCUAGUCCUUCCACGGCCUGCCGCCGCGCCGGGGAGGUUUAGAAGAGUCGUUGCAUGUUAAAGUUGUCUUGGCAUGAAUUUAGAACGCAGAGUUCUGUGUAUCCUAAUUUUCUUAGUGUUUGUGUUGCCUCUUUACCUUGGCCUAGACAGCGAAAUGUUUUGUUUUCCUGUAGAACCUCGGUCUUACCUCUGUGGAAGCUAGGCUGUUGUGUAAAUGGCUUAUCUCGCAUGGACCUUGUGAAUGCAUCCCUUCGUUCUGACAAUCCCAGUCCUGAUGAUCAUAUCAAUGUCUGUCAAAGUACAAAUAUUUUUGGACUUUUUUUUUGCGUAAUGUAUAUUUAUGCAUUUUUGUGCAACUAAAUAAUGAAACUGUAUAAGUUGGAUGUUUAGUCGUCUCUUGUGUUUUUGGUGUUUUGUUUUUUUUUUGAUCUAUAAUCCUGUUGAAAUAGUUUCAAAGAAAAAAAGUGCAAUUUGUUUAAAGGGGAAGUGGGUAUUUGUCGAACAGGAGUAUUCUGAAGGUGGCGUGUGCCAUUCUGCUAAAAUGAGAUUGCUGUAAAAGGAUCUUUUCAGAAUGUGAAACUGGACUACAAACGUAAAGGGUAGCUUUUUUUGGGGGGCCAUUUUGAAAUGGGAAGCAGGAUUUAGACUGAUGGAGGAAUUUAGUUUGUGGUUUAGAACAUGUUUGUCUUUGUAUCUGCUGUGCAUAAGAUGUAAAAAAAACAAAACAAACAAAAGUAAUAAUUCAUCUUAUGAAUAAAAAGAAGUGAAUGCA